UUUCAUUCUUUUAUGCCUUGAGGCAAUUCUGUCCAUAUGUAUGCUUUUCACAGCAUUAAUAUAUUUUCAAGUCCCUCAACUUUAUUUUCUUUUUUUUCUUUUCAUCACAGCAUUUUUAUGCUUUUCCCUCCUUAUUUCAACAUCUGCUUUUUGCUGCCAGAUGGCAAAGAGCCCUGCUUGUCCUUCAAACUUGAGGGAUAAUUCCACUAGUUGCGGGGAAAUAAAGGAAUUUACAACAUAUUCUUUUUUGUUUUUACCUUCCAAGACAAUCAACUAA